UUUGGAAUCUUGAAAUUGAAUGUUGAUGAGGCUGUCAAAGGUAACCCUGGUCUAGCUAGUGGUGGGGCUAUUGUGAGGGAUGAAAGAGGUGGUGUUAUUCUUGUAGCUUCCUUUUAUUAUGAGGAGUGCUCAAAUAUGAAAGCUGAGUUUUGUGCUUUGUUAGAUGGGUUACAGCUAGUUCUUAGUCAUGAUCUGAUGGAGAAGGAGAUUUUGGUGGAGUCUGAUUCACUGGGUUUAGUGAAUACUAUGCUUGGAAAUGGGGAUUGUGCAUGGCAGUAUUUGAGUUUGCUUUACUAG